AUGGAGUGCAUCGUGGCGGAAGUGGGCUGCGCAAGCGUGCAUGUUGCGGAACCUCCCGCCUUGUCAAAGUCGAAAGCGGCGCGGGUUGAAAGGCCCGCGCUGUUUGUCCGCGAGUGCCGUCUCUUGAUUCCCCCGUGGCCCCCUCUUAGGCUCUCGAUCCCCCGUACCUGUGGUCGCGCUCUUGAGGUGGUACUGGUGAUGAACCGUGAAAUGAAGGCACUUAGAGCUGGGUCGAUGGCGGCCGCCUCCUGUCCGGCCAACAUCUCUGUUGCGGGAGCCACGGUGGACCUCCCCCCCGAUCAGUGGAAGCUGCUCGCUGAUGACAAGCAUCCGUUCACGGCCCGUCUGUUCGACUUCGUCGCUUGCGUGAUUGUCCGGAGGUUUUUGGAGAAAGAGGUGCAGGAGCACGUCAGGGUCGUGACGAGCGAUGUGGUCGCGGACAUUGUCGCGGGUCGCGAUGAGGCUGUCAAGGCCUUUGCCGGUGUGAUGGAGUGCAGCCUUGUUGCAUUCUGCAUCUGGACCGAGGACUUGGUGGACAACAACUGCUCGAACGCGAGCAUGCUCCUUAUGCUCCACCCAGAUCACCUGUCGAUUGACGGUGACGAGAAUUGGCACACGCGUUUCGUUCGCGUUGCUAUUCCACCUGGUGGGCGGGAACACGUGACCGCGGCGGAGGCAAUUGUGGAGUGGUUUCAGGGUCGCGUGGACGAGGAGUUUGCUCGCGGCUCCAUUCAAUGCACCCGGGCGCGCCAGCUUCAGGAUCCCAAUCGGCUGUACGAUAUGGACGCGACGUCGUUGAAGGGCUCCUGCGGCAACCUCGCUUGUCUGUUCGCGUUAGACAAGACCCUUGCUCAGUUGGACGCGGUUGCUGCCAAUGGAUCCGGGCCGCAAUUCUCGAGGCCUACCGCGAAGACUCUGAAUGCACUGCGGCAUGACGCCCACCAAACCGCCGAAGAGCUCGCGUUCAACUUGAGCGUGGAUUUGCCGCGACACAAGCACGGCGGUGCCGCUGGUGUUUCGAGCCGCGGAGGUGCUCGCGGCGGGACGGCGGUCCACGCCGAUGACGAUGGGGCAGACGAUACCGCGACUAAGGGUGCACCCCGCGAAGACGCUGACCGCACUGUAGCGCGUGAGGGGGAAGAGUCAAGCGAGGAGGAGGCGGAGGCACACGUGGUCGCGGCCGCGGCAGCCAACAGGCCCGCUACAUCCGGCAAGAGCAUCAAGCACCUCGCGCAGCACUUGGCCCCCGGUGCUGGAAGCGCGGCCCCGAGUGGUGAGGUCGCGGGCAAGAGUCCCGUGACAUGUGCGCGUGAUCACGCGUCCCUUUCCGCGUUGCCCUCGCAUAGGCUUGCUGCCGAGAUCCUGCAGCUUGACUGCAGGCUUGCAGCGCAGGCGGAAGAGAUCGCACGGCUGAAGAUACGCCAGGAGUCGGGGGUUGGAGGAGUCGCGGUCGUGGGCUCCGAGGAGCUCGCGGCCGCGCUGUCUAAUGCGCUGCAGGGGGUGGUGGCGGACUCCAUGGAAACCGCGCAGAAGAAGUUGACGGACGAGGUUGCGCAGAAGAUCGACAACAUGUCGUCCGCGGUCUCAGCGACAGCAGAGCGGGCAAUCACAACCAGCGGGGUCACGAACGCGCUGCACACCCUCAUCGCGCUCGUUGGAGGGAGCCCGACUCCGCGCACCGGUACGGAAGAUCUGGCCGCGACGGAGAAUGCCGAUGCCGGGGAUGCUGAGCAUGGUAAGCGGGCGGCGGGUGCGAAGGCCGAGACUCAGAGGGGGGCGAAGAGGCAGAGGGUUCCUCAGGCAGCGGCCGCGGUGCGCCACCCGAGCGUGCAUGACAUCCUCAAGAACAAGUGGGGCGCUGCAUCGCGAGGCGCUGCACCGCCUGGUCAACCGGGGUCGAGCUCGCGCUCCAUCCCACCUGGAGAAGCUGCACCCAAAGCACCGGGCCCUGCCGGGGCGACCGCGACAGUGACAACCACUGCGGGUAAGGGCAAGGGUAAGUUGGAGGAUGGAGAGGUGCCGGCCGCUGUGGGUUCGCUUGCAGCGGGGCGUGAGGAGCAGUCCGCGGCGGCUGCUGCGGCGGAGGGAAGGCAGACCGCUCUCGCACCCGCUCAUCCCGCGAUUACCGCGGGUCAUCUGCAUAGCGCGCUGGCAUCUGCAGGUCCGAGCGCUGCCGCGGGAGAGGCCAAGACGGAAAAACGCGGGCGAGGCAAGAAGUUGCCCCCUCCACCCGUGUACACCAUCGACGAGGACGAUGCGGACGAGGAGCUCGAGAAUCUCGCAAGCCGGUGGGUCGGGGAGGAGGGCGACGGAGGAGAGCAGGGUGUGGUGGACGCGGUCGAACUGUUUAGCGGCGGGGAGAGCGCGGACGAGCAGGACGCAGACACCGUGGUCGUGCCCGGUGGGCUAACGGGGGACCAGGGUGACACAGUCAGCAAGCGCAAAGGCUGUGGUAUCCGCCAUCCUCCCAGGGGCGGUCCUGGCUUGGUUUCUGAACCGCAUCUGGGGGGGAAGAAGCGGUGGCUUGGACAAGGCGAGCGCGACGACCUGCAGUACAAAACCGCGAUCGCGAUGAUGCCGUACGACCUGAAGGUGGAUCCCGGGCUGCACCUCAGCUCUAAGCAGAUGCGGGAUUGGGCCGCGGACCUGUCCGCUGCCGAGGGGCUACACACGGGCCUCCUCAUCACCAUGCAUCACCGCAACCUCGUGGCCAGCAGGGAAAGGUGGACCCGCAUGUUCAAGCACUACCGCGAGCUGACCCAGCCCGGAUCGACCACCACCAACGAGAUUGCUUGGGCCGCGGUGGUGGGCACGGAGGCUGCAGCAGAAGAGACGGAGCUCUACCGCGAUGUGGAUCCGCGGGAUUACGCGGGAGCGAUCGCGUGCGCGAUCGCAAUGGUGUGGGAGGUGACGCGCGGUUCGGCGGUCUCGACUGCGUCGGAUUCUGGCAAUUUGGCCGCGCGAGCGGUUAACUGCCAGAGGGAUCGAUGCCGUCUGUUCCCCGUUGUAACCGCGUACGUCAUCAGGGCUGUGCGGCGGCGCAAUUCUCGCGAGAAGCAAGCUGGUGACGACGAGCCGAAGGUAGUCGCGGAUCCGAGGGUGGUCGCGGACGCGAUUGCAUCGGAAGUCGUGAACGACGUCGUCGCCAAGUCUCGCGACCUCAGGCACAUUGAGAUGGCUGCUCGCGAAACGGUGGACGUUAUCAUCACCUGGUGCGACUGCUCGGUUGCGGGGAAGGUCAUGGAGUCCAUUGGGCUUUACCUUGCCCUGCCCAAGGAUCGUCUUAAGAAGCGGACUUGA